UUAAAAUAAAAAAUUACUUAGCUUCGUAGUGACCAUCAUAUAUAAAUAUCUAAAAAUAUGACAGAAGAUACAUUAAAAGGUUGGCAUCUUAUAUGGUGGUUAUUUAAAUUGUUUGGUUUUCCAAUUGCUAUUCCAUGGUUGAUAUAUCAUUUCUUUGAUAUAAUGCAACUGAAAAAGAGGAAACGUGCGCUGAGUGGGAAGGUUGUAAUGAUAACUGGGGCCAGUUCUGGCUUAGGAGAAGCUUUAGCACAUGCUUUUUAUGUUUGCGGUUGUAAAAUUAUUUUAAUUUCUAGAAGAAAAGAAGAAUGAAAUACUUUAAUCAAUACUCAUGUUACAGUAUCAACUCAUCCACCUGUAGUUUUACCAUUAGAUAUAACUGAAAUUAAUUCUUUACAAAAUGAAGUUGCAAAAAUAAUAGAUACUCAUGGAAAAAUUGAUAUUUUAAUUAAUAAUGCUGGUAUUACGUAUAGAGGUCAAGUUGUUAAUACCAAAGUGGAUGUAGAUAUAAAAGUAAUGCUUACAAAUUAUUUUGCUCAAAUUGCUUUGGCAAAAGCUGUUCUCCCAUAUAUGGUAAAACAACAAUCAGGUCAUAUAGUAUGUGUUAGCAGUAUACAAGGCAAAAUUGCAAUCCCAUACAGGUCUGCAUAUGCAGCUUCUAAAAGUGCAUUACAAGCAUGGUGUGAUAUCUGUAGAGCUGAAUUGUAUGAUCAGAAUAUAAAAGUUACAAUUGUUAGUCCAGGUUAUAUAAGAACUUCUCUCUCUUUAAAUGCAUUAACAGAAAAUGGACAAAUUUAUGGUGUAAUGGAUAAAGCCACACAAGAGGGAUAUUCUCCUGAAUAUGUAGCGGAUUGUAUUUUAAAAGCUGUAUUAAAAGAAGAAAAGGAUGUAACAAUAGCACCCUUUACUCCAAAAUUUGCAAUGUAUUUACGCACUUUAUGCCCUUCAUUAUACUUUUGGGCAAUGCAAAAACGUGCUAAAAAGACAGCAAAGGAAUCAUAA